AUGAAGAUAAUCAGCCCAUGCGGAUAGGAUAUUUCACCACCAUGCCGUGCUGUCCCCCCACCCCGUCCAUGGGGAGGGCUGUCAUCAUGGCAAAGGAAGCCUUGGAGAAAGCUGGUCACACGCUGGUUGCCUUUGAUCCACCAGAUGAUUUUCGAGCCGUUAUUGACUUGACCUUGAGACUAGUCACAGCUGAUAAUGGACGGACGUUCUCUACAAAAUGGCUGAAAGACGAGGUGAUAGACGAAUACCUUGAAAGGCAAAUCCCUUUGUGGACAAUGCCUCACUUUUUGCGCAAGAUUCAAGGCUUAAUUCUCAAGCCUUUUUGGCCAAGAGUUGCCAAGAUGAUGUCUCACAGGUUGAUUGGGUCAAUCUAUGAUCUGUGGCAAAGGUUGGACGAGAGGGAGAAGUACAUUGAGCAAUUUCUGGAAGAGUUGAAAAAGAAGAACAUAGAUCUGAUUCUGUGUCCAGCGUUCGGCAUGCCUGCGUGCAAACCGGAGCAUGCUAGCAAGGCACUUGCCGCUACAGUCUACUGCUCACUCUUCAACCUCCUCGACUUUCCUGCCGGCGUUGUUCCUGUAACCAUGGUAACAGAGGAGGAUGACAGGCCGCUGGAUGAUUGGCGUGGCUAUGGAAACGACUUGAUGGACAAGGUCAUAAAAGAGACAACCAGAGGCGCGGUCAGGCUGCCCGUGGCAGUUCAGUGUGUGGCGCUGCCGUGGCAGGAGGAGAAGUGCCUCAGGCUCAUGAAGGAAGUGGAGACUCUGUGUCCCGUGUGAACUGUCUUUUAACUGUUUCAAAAUGUCGGCAUCUGUUUGUGGCCUCCAUAGUAGGCUCUCUGGGCCUUUUUGUCGUCUUCUUGUUUUGGCCCAUAAUACACUUUUGCUGUACACACACAUAAGAGCCAGCGGCACAAACGACCCAGUACAAUGACCAGCAAAAUUAUGCGCCAAAAAAGGCCCAAACAGCCUGCUAUGGAGGCUAUUCUGUUAGGUCUACAUCAGGAUUGGCUUUGUAAUGAUAGUUUACUGAGAAGGCUUGUUAACAACGUUACACAACUUUUACACAAGUUUUCACGGGCCUUCACUGGCCCUCGGGUGUGAGUGGGCUUAUGUUCAGAGAAAUGAGGAAAGAAUGUUAUUCUGUUUCACGCCUUGUAGCUAAAAUAUGCUAAGGAUAAUAUUUGUUUGAAGGGUUGUUCACUGCUGUAUACGCAAGAAGGAAAUAAGCUUCUAAUUUAAAUUCAUUAUAAUGAAAACUAGCCAUGUAGCUGAGAAUUGAGUUCUGUGGUGAGUUGUGCAUAAUGCAGAUGUUGUGACAACAGGGUGUGACUCAUACGAGGGUGCGAAUAAAAGUUGCCUUCAAUAUUAAAUCAAAGUGGAAGGUUCAAUAAAACACCAAACACACCGAAAUUUCACUAGUAAGAGGAAUUAAGAUUGUGCCUUGUAGUGAAAGAAUGUGAUAGCACACCUCUAUCCCAUUAUUGCACUAGUAAUAGGCAUUAAGAUGGUUUCUAUAUUGUGAUAGCACCCCUCUUUCACACCAUUUCACUAGUAAGAAAAAUAUUGCGUCAAUUAGUGAAAGAAUGUAAUAACACCCCUCUAUGACAUUAUUUCACUAGUAAAAAUUUUUAAAAAAUGGUCUAAA